CUGCUUUUUAACAUUGAGGGCGAGCAUCAGUGAAUGACGGCGCAAAGGGCAGGGCGAAAGGUCGGCUGGCUGCACUAUGUAAUGUAUUUGCCAAGGGAUCAAUGAGAUAUCUCGUGAUGCUGGCAACUACUACAGAUACCUGGACUAUUUCUCUCUUCUCUCUUCUUUUAUUUUCCUUUUUUUUUGUAACUGCUCGGUUUUAUUGUUUUUGUCGUUUUAUCUUUUUUUUUUUUUUUGGCAGUCUAGAGAUGGGAUACUUGCUGUGACUGGGACUGAAUUUAAGGGUGGACGAAAGAGG